CUUCAUUUUGGCCCUAUUAUUUCGUUCUCGCAAACCCCAGCAUUUUUGAAACGGCUCCCUCCGACCCCGACAUUCAGUGCCCAUAACAACGGUUACCGCCAAAACCGACAAAGCAAAGCAUCCUAGCACGGCGCCGCCGAACAAAACAGAAGCGCCGCCCAAGCCAAACAACGACCACAUCGCAAGCCACGAUCUCGAACCAAUUCACUCUUAAUUGACGAACAAAAGACCCAAAUCAGAAGAGGUCUACUUGCUUGAGAUCCUCCGGGCGAGUCGACAGAGUCCUCUCGUCCAGCCAUUUGUCCUUCCCCUGGAGAUGCGACAAUGAUCCGUACUCUUGAUAUCGGCAGUGUUCUCCCCAGCCCCGACUCUCCGCCAGGGAUGACGACUUCAAAGAGCUCCAAGACUUCCUCAUUUCAAUCUUUCGACAGUGACGAUGGCAGCGUCUUGGCCGACGUUGGUCAUUUUGAGGAAAUUGGUCUCGACGACGACACCGUGACCCUGAAGAGCCCAUCGAAGGUCGAUGUCCGUCCCACUCUAGCCAAAGCCCCCUCGAGCCGAACCCUCGCAGCAGGCAAAACUGCCUCCAAAGCCCGACCACCAUUCCCAACCCUCGAGACAAAUGUAUAUACCUCCAACCCCAGAAGCACCAAUUUGAGCGCGUUGACCGAGCCUCUUUCUGCUACACGACCAAAGACAUUGACAAGCCCAUCCUCGGCAUCUCUCCCAUUUCCUCGACGGCGAAGCCCAAGCCCUGCCUAUUCGCUCAACCCGAGGGAUCCGAGAGACCCGAGUUUCCCUCAAAAGCCUCGCCGAGGCAGCUGGCAGGCCGGCCGCGAUCGCAAGUCUUUUACCGACCUUGAGCGAGAAUGUGAUGAAGACGAUGGCGAUGAUAUCCCCGACGGCAUGUUCCUGGACAAUGUGCCACUCUCCCCCCGGCCCAUGCAAGAGCGCACGCCUAGUCGGCCAUCCUCCGUUUCUCCGUCCCCCAAUCGAUCCAAAGAACGAGUUAGAAGUGUCGGUAAUGGAACACCCGCGGUCGCGCAAGCUCAAGGCUCUCUUCGAUCGCCAACUUGGAAGACUGAUGACAAUCCUCGCAGCCCAGCCAAGCAACGGGCACACAGCUGGAACGCCGCGUUGGCGGAAUUGAACGCCGAGGCCAAGACGUUAACAGAGAAGCUCGAGGAACACGCCAACGAAAUGGAGGAACAGCAGGCCAAGCGCCCCGCGAAUCAGCGCCCCAACACCUGGAAUGCUACUCAACGAUCUGUCGACACGUUUGACAAGAAGCAGCGUGUCAAAUCAACUCCCGAACUGCCACCUCUUCGCAAGACAAAUAUCAUGAUCGACCCUCUUCCCGUUUCGAAGGAGAAGGAGGCUGUUCUUAGCCGGACACGACCCUCGUGGCUGCCACCCAAAGACCCCGCCGAGGAGCGCCGGCAUCUGAAGGAAUAUCAAAAGAUGAUGGCGGCAAGUGCCAAGGCUGAGGAGCGACGCGAAGCCUCACGAAAGGCCAAGAUCGAGGGACGAGACAGCACAGCUGACAACCUGAUGCAAAUUUGGGAGAGAGACGUGAUCCCACGUUGGAGCGAUGCCAUUCGCGAGCGUAGGACAAGAGAACUAUGGUGGAAGGGAAUCGCACCUCGAAGCCGCGGUCAAAUCUGGGGUCGAGCAAUCGGCAAUGAACUGGGACUGUCAGAAACGUCAUUCAAAGCAGCACUUGCUAGAGCUCAAGAGAUUGAAGGCAGAGUCAAGGACGAUAAGGGCGACGCGGAGGAUGCCAGAAGGGCAAGAUGGUUUCAAGAUAUCCGAAGGGAUGCUGCACAGAAGACGUGGGAGGAUCUCCGGAUUUUUGAAGUUGAAGGACCAUUGCACCAAAGUCUUGUUGAUGUGUUGAGUGCAUAUGCCAUGUACAGGAGCGACAUUGGCUAUGUCCGUGGUUGCAACACCAUCGCUGCCUUACUGCUCCUGAACUUGCCCGAUGCCGCGUCUGCAUUCGUCGCACUCGCCAACGUCCUCAACCGCCCAUUGCCUCUAUCCUUUUACACUGGAGAUCCGGGUGCACAAGCGUCCGCAUUCAACCUCAUCAUGCAGACACUUUCUCUCAAGUCUGCCCCUCUUCAUGCGCACCUCACCAAGAAGAUCCCUACUGCCGAAUUGGAACGAUCUUUUUCAGGAAUUUUGACAGCCAUUUUCACACAACACUUGGCGAUAGAUGAAGCAGCCCGUCUUUGGGACGUAUAUGUCUUUGAAGGAGAUGCACUCCUAAUUCGAGCUGCUGUUGCACUUCUUCUCAGCAGGGAGAUGACGCUUCUCGGCGCUAAGACUGCCGACGAAGUGAAGACAAUUCUUGAUGGAAGAAACGCCAAGGUCUCUUCGGCCAGAGUCGCCGGAGAGGUGGGUGCCGAGGACAAGUUUAUGAUGUCAGUCCGUGAGGCAGGAAAAGCUUAGGCGUUUGAUCGGGCCACCCGUUUGGAAAGGCUCCUGGGGCUUGAGAAUCAAGCUGUACAUUUGGGAUAGAUGGUGGACAUAUCUGCUCCAUUUCACGGCGUUUACUACAUGGAAUGUGCGGGUAUUUGGUUGGACGUAGAAGGCAUGCUUAUGAGAGGUCUCGUGAGACUAUAGAGCGAUUUUAUCUUCGUAAUUUACCGUCAUCCACGGUUGGAUGACGAGAUUUUGAAUCAACAUAUUUGAUGAUCACUCAUCCGGUCCUUGUGC